AUGAAGGAGGUCCCAAUCUUGCACUAUAAUUUCCUUCAGGUGACCCACUGCAUAGUAGAGGUCCUUUCCAAUGCUUUAUCAAGGCCAAAUGCUCCUCCCAUAAGUCUGGAGUGCAGGAAAAUCCUGAAGAAGGGUGGACAACAAGACAAAGAUGAAACAGAAAAUGAAAGUGAAAAGUCCAAAUUUGCAGUAAGGUUGUUAAGAGACCCAACUAAUGGGGAAACUCAUGUACCUAUGAGUUUGGAGGAGGAAAACCCAUCAGAAGAAGAAUCUAAAAGGCAAAUGGAAGAAGACACAGAAAAGCUUCAGCAGGAGGAAGAAGAUAAGGAAGGAAGAAGAAAGUAUCAACCAAGCUUUCAUCUUCAUGAAGACCAAGGCCUUAAAGAAGCAAGAAAGCACCAGCCUGAAAAUAGCAAUGAGAAAGAAAAGGAAAGGGUAGAAGAGGGAACUGAGAAAUACAAGAAAAAUGAUCACAGUGAAGAAGGAAGUCAAGAAAAACAUCUCUAUGAAGAGUCAGAGGAGGUUCAAAAUACCUUUCUUGACAAAAGAAACCAAGCCAAAGCUAAGACCAAUGAAGAGUUUGCAGCCAAAAAUAAUAGAUACUCUGUGGGGCAUUCUGAGAAGACACAUAGCCAAGAAACAAGCAGUGAAGAGAGUGAAGAGGAGAGUGAGAGUAACAGCAGUGAAAAACGUGGCUGGGAGCCUAAAGAUCAACAUGGAAGUGUAGAAUCCAGUGAAAGCGAGGAGGCUUCUGUCUCUGAAGUGACCAAACGUCGGCUGAAACCUAGACACCAUCACAGGAGAUAUAGACUGGAUCGGUCCUUUGAAGAGAGGAAAGCUCACUCUGAAGAAAGAAGAAACACACUUGAGUCUGAGGAAUCAAAUGAAGAUAAGGACCAUUUCUGGGACAAGAGAGGCCGCCACAAAAACAAUUAUGAAGACCUACAGGAGGAACCACGUUAUCAUGAAGAGAAGGGAAAUUACCACAGGAGCCAUGGUUUUGAUGAUCUUGAGGAAGAGAGAUAUAGUGACAGGGCAAGUGAAGAGUACAGAGAUAAGAGGUAUCACAAUGAGGAGAUCCAGGAAGAAGAAGAGAAGAGAAACCAUCCCAGCAGGCAAAUUGAAGAGGUGGGACAUCACUAUGACGAAGAAAGUGAGAAAGGGAGGCACUUUGAUGAGGACCAGAGCCGCCAUCAUGGAGACAGGGAACAAGAACCAGGUGUUCAUUCCACUCAUGGAAAUAAAGAUGAGAAAAGGUAUUCUAGCGAGAGACAACAUUAUGCAAAAGAAAGCAACAUGGACAAUGAAAGGAGGCACCCUAAGGGAAGGAAAGAGCAAGACCGAAGCUAUUUGGACCAUGAGAAGAGAAACAGUGAGGAAAGUGAUCUAGGAAAAUGGCAGCAGGGAGAAGAUGAAGAUGGUGAAAAUAACAGAGAGGAAACAAGGUUUCAAGAAAAAGAGUUUAAUGUCCAUCCUGCAGAAGAGAAGAUGAAGAGAUUGGGGGUUCCAUACAGUCCUUAUUAUGAACCCCUCCAGUGGAAGAACAGACAUUUUGAGGAAAAGGACAGAAUGAGUGAUCAGUUUCCCAAGAAUGAAGAGGAAAGCAGGUCUAGCCUGAAUGAAAAGACCUUCUUCCCUGACUACAAUGAUUAUGACUGGUGGGACAAAAAGCCGUUUGUGGAAGACGUGAAUCAGGAGCAUAAUGAGAAGAGAAAUUUCAUCGGCAUCCCCAAAUACGAUCUGAAAAAGCAGUAUGACAGAGUUGAUGAACUUGCCCAACUUCUCAAUUACAGGAAGAAGUCUGAUGAAUUUCCAGAAUUCUAUAACUCUGAUGAAGACAUGAGAAAACAUCAGAUGGUCAGGAAUGAGAAUGGUGGCCUUGGUCAGAGGCCUCUGACAGAGGAAGAGGAGAAGGAACUAGAAAACUUGGCUGCAAUGGACAUGGAACUACAGAAAAUAGCGGAGAAAUUCAGUGGUACCCAGAGAGGGUGACCGCUCAGGGAGCAGUGGCAUAGCAUUUCACAGCAGUGGACGGCUUUAAUAUACAUGCAUUCAUACUACCUAGUCUUGGCAGAUGCUGCCACCAAAAAGUAUCAUUUACCCAAAGACAGUUGGUAGACUUUACUGUUCACUCAGUGUAUUUACAUGGUUGGAAAUGUCUUUAUUGUUUUCUAGGAUGCUAUUGAAACUUGAAUAGCAUGAAUUUUAGCAUAUAAACUUAUAUUUGAAUAUGCUUUGUGAUGAGUAUGCUGCUGUCCUUCAGAAAUAUAUUAUGCCUCCUAAUUUGAAAAAAUAAAAAAAGUAAUCUAGGACCAAAUA